AUGGUUCACUAUGAAAUGUAUAAAAGAGAUGCCUCUAAUAAGUGUGCUGACUGUGGAAAAAGAACUAGUGAAGUUAGUGAUAAAGAACAGAAUGAUAAUGAGAAAAUCAGAAAACAAAAAGAGCAAGAAUAUUCAUUACUUAGUGAAAAAGCUGACAAAUUACCUUCUGAACUUAGGCAACUUUGGGAUGAUUUAGAGUCUAAAGUAGAGAAUGAAGAUUUAGGAGUAAAAGAUGUAAAAAGAAUUUACGCUUUGAAAGAGAAAAUUAAAGACUUUCUUAAAAAGGCAGAGAAAGUAGAUAUUAAUAGUGACCAUUGGACUAAAAUUAAUAUCAUCAGUAAUCUUUUCCAGAAUUCUCCUACUGAAUUAGAUAACUUUAUCAGAGAGCAUGCUUCACCGCGAACAAUAGAUAUUGCCAAAAAGGGAAAAUACUCAAAGAUAAGAGAUUGUUCUCAUUUAAAAGAAGAAAAUAAUAUAAGUUUAUUCGAUUUUUUUAAAACUUCUACUCAUGACGCUUAUGAUAAAUUAUCUAGCGAUACUUUUUCUUCCCAAGAGGAACUAAAAACAGUUUAUCUAGAAGCAGAAAAAGAUUUACAAUCAUUCCUAAAAAAAGAAAAACCUGAUAAAACUUCGGAGGAAGAAACAGAAUUAGAUAAUUUAAGAAAGAAACUUAAAGAUUUAGAUAAAAAAACUGAAAAUAAUUCUCCUCCUACUUCUUAUCUUCCUUGA